AUGGGCGAUGCGACCGGACAUGGAAAUCACGGCGACUAUAUGUUCGGUUGGAAGGGUGAUAGUCUACAGCGCGCGAUUAAUGCGAGAUGCGAUAACGACAAGUGCAAGGAGUUGACGAGGCAGACAGACGAGGAGGCUAUGAAGUGCAAGAUUGCGCAGAAAGCGGUUGAAGAUGUUGGGAACGACAAUUGGUUGAAGACUUUGCCGGGUGGAGUGGAGAUCAACGAUGGAGUGAAUGUGUGA